AUGGAAAAUCAUAAUGGUGAAAUUGAGCUGAAGAAGGAUGAAGAACCAUCACCAAUAUUUUUGAACAACACCAAAACCAAAGAGAAUAUUUCGUCGUUGAUCGGUCAAGUGAACAAUCGAACUCAAUGUUUCGAAUGCGGAAAACAUUUUCGCAAAGGCAAGUCUUUGCAAAUACAUAUGACACUGAAUCACGGUUUUCCGCCACCCGGUAGUUCAGCUUCUUCGGAUGAUCAAGCGGAAAAAAGCUCCGAUUGUGGAGCAUCAACAGGUCGUGCAAGUUGUACAACCAGUGAAACUGUACAGACACCAGCGCAACAGGAACUGAAACAGAUCAAAUCAAUGAUUGGUGAACUCCGAUUGGCACAGAGUACAGCACGGGUUGAGCAGUUGUUGGCUGGUUUGGAUACGCGAGUUGGACGUUUGGAAAAACAGCUGGAGAUGGCGCUGAACAGUAUAUAUACGUUAGUACAGCUACAAACUGGCAUCAAUUCAUCAGUUACUAGAUUUCGGGAAGAAGCAUGUGAACAACUGAAAACCGUUAAAGCAAUACUUAGUGAAUCGGCUGUCUAG